CCUGGGCCCCCGCCGGUCCCGCGGUCCCACGGCGCUAGGUCGCCCCCAGCCCCCUCCCUCGUUCCACUCUCUCUUGGUCCCACCCUCCCUAGCUUUGUGCCCGGGUCUCCAAGCCGCUUCCCCCUCAGCCGCGCCGCGGGAGGAGGGAGCCGCCACAGAGGAGCUGCAGCUCGCUGCCCCAGGCAGGGGCACAGUUGUAACCAAGGCAAUGUCUUACUACCUCAACUCAGAAAACCGCCUGGACCCAGGGCCCAUCUACGUGCGAGAAAACGGGCAGCUGCACAUGGUCAAUCUGGCCCUGGAUGGCGUCAGGAGUAGCCUGCAGAAGCCAAGGCCUUUCAGACUGUUUCCCAAAGGCUUUUCUGUGGAGCUUUGCAUGAACAGGGAAGAUGAUACUGCUCAGAAAGAGAAGACAGAUCAUUUCAUCUUCACAUAUACCCGGGAGGGGAAUCUUCGGUACUCUGCCAAAACCCUCUUCAGCCUCGUCCUGGGCUUCAUCUCUGACAAUGUUGAUCACAUCGAUUCCCUUAUUGGCUUCCCUGAGCAGAUUGCUGAAAAGCUGUUCUCUGCUGCUGAAGCCAGACAGAAAUUCACACAGCCAGGUGCAGGGCUGAGGGCUUUACAGAAAUUCACUGAGGCCUAUGGAAGUCUGGUGCUUUGCUCCCUGUGUUUGCGAAACAGAUAUCUGGUGAUUUCAGAAAAACUUGAGGAGAUAAAGUCUUUCCGGGAGCUGACCUGCUUGGAUCUUUCCUGUUGCAAGCUUGGAGAUGAACACGAACUUCUAGAACAUCUCACCAAUGAGGCACUAUCUAGUGUAACUCAACUCCACUUGAAGGAUAAUUGUUUAUCCGAUGCCGGGGUGCGGAAAAUGACAGCACCAGUUCGAGUGAUGAAAAGAGGCCUUGAAAAUCUGACAUUGUUAGACUUAUCUUGCAACCCUGAGAUCACAGAUGCAGGAAUUGGAUACCUCUUUUCUUUUAGAAAACUAAACUGCUUAGAUAUCUCUGGGACAGGGCUCAAGGACAUCAAAGCCAUCAAACACAAGCUCCAGACCCACAUAGGCCUCAUUCACUCCAAGGUGCCUUUGAAGGAAUUUGACCACAGUAACUGCAAGACAGAGGGCUGGGCUGACCAGAUUGUUCUGCAGUGGGAACGCGUGACUUCAGAAGCUGUGAAGCCACGAGAAACCUCGGAGCCUCAGAUGGCAGCUCAGCGCUUCUAUGGGAAGCGGUCUCUGACAGACACCCCGGUGAAGUGCUCCCUGGCAGACACCCACGUGAACUCUUCCGAGAAACUCCAGUUCUAUAAAGAGAAAGCCCCAGACUGCCAUGGGCCAUUGUUGAAACGGGAGACUCCCUUGUGCCAGGAGUCAAAGAACAAGAAGAGAGCCUUUGAGGACCCAGAGAAGGAACAGAAUAACUCUUCACAGUCUUCAAAGCAGAAAUAUGUAUGUCUUGCUGUGGAAGACUGGAACUUGUUAAAUUCCUAUUGAUAGGCAGAUACAAGCUGACCCCACC